CAUUAUUACUUUGUCUGUGGUCGGAGCAACUUGUUUUUUUUUUUAAACAAUCGAGAUAGUGACGUGAGUGUCGUGUUUCUAGAAAGUGAACAAAAGUUAGCAAAUAUUUUACAUUUUAUAAGUGAUUUUGGAUGAUGAUCUCUUCAAAGUCGUAUCCCUCAUGGCUGAGGAUAAAUAAUGGAGGUAGAAAAUGCUAAUUGUAAGAUAAGAGUUUCCCAGUGCACACACAUGGAGAUAUCACCUAUUGAGCAGCCCCUCAAAAUUGACCGUGAAAUAACGGGUCUAGACAAGUUAGUAGAGGAGCUGCACAGGGUGUUCUCAAACGACCAUGUCAACGUACAGGAUGUUCAGAAACUGAUGGCCGGAUACAAAUCCAACCCUAGUGAUUGGCGGAAGUAUGCCAAGUUCGACCGCUUCCGAUACACAAGAAACCUGGUAGACGCUGGUAACGGAGCCUUCAACAUCAUGAUAUUAUGUUGGGGGCCGGGUCACGCCUCAGCCAUACACGACCACGCGGACUCGCAUUGUUUUAUGAAGGUUUUGAGUGGGAACCUAGAAGAAGUCAGAUACAACUGGCCAGACAACGUCGAGCCGGAAGUGAUGAAAGUCCUCAAAAAGAACAAAACACGACGACGCUGUUGCUCAGAUACCGACGUGUUCCAAUGUCAAAACGGCAACUGUCAGAAUUCCCGCGCAAUCAAUCAAAAUUCAAACGGCAAAAUAACAGAGAACAAAGAAUAUUCGAGUUUCGAAAAUGGAACGGCGAACGCGAAUGGUGGAGACAAAAUGGCCGCCGAACGAAAUGGCGAUUAUGAUAAUAAAUGUGAGGAAAAUGAUGAGGAAUAUGAAGCACAAGAUAUGGAAGAAGUUGGCCGAACGAGGCUGGAAGUAGACGAUGUUUGUUAUAUAAAUGACGCCUUAGGUCUCCACCGUAUGGAGAAUCCUUCGCAUGUCGAUUGUGCCGUCUCACUACAUCUGUACUGUCCGCCAUUUGACAGCUGUCGCGUGUUCGACGCCAGGACGGGGAAGCCAACAACUGUCAAUGUCACUUUCUGGUCUAUGUACGGGAAGAAAGUUAAGAGGGUAAUGGAAGCGAGCGAGAUGGCUGACAGUCAAUAACUCUAAAAUUAUAAUAGAAAAGGGACCACACAAAUUAUAUCAUUAUUUACAGAAUAAAAAAUAUAUAAAAUUAAUUAAAAGGCUACAUUAGCACAAGCGCUUUUCAAAUAUGCCACCACGUAAAGCAUUUUAUUAACGCUUUCGACAUGUGACAAUAGCACUCAAUCUAACGCCGUACGCUGAGCAUUAAAAAAACGUUGUGGUCAAACAACGACAUGCGAAUUGCAUAUAAGGAUUAUCGAUUAGGUACAUUUCUACACAUUAAAAAGGUGCGCGUCGAAAAAACGCUUGUGCGAGCUAAGCGUAAGGACUCAAAAUCACAUGACUUUUGGAACUUUGGAACACUCCAAGUCUCAUAUAAAUUGGAUAUACACGCCACACCAAAAAAAUAUUCGAAAUGAGACGAAAUUGUUUUAUUUUAUUAUUUGUGACUUCUGUGUGAGUAUUCGCUGAAUUUUUCGGCGUAACCGAAACUAAUUAGACCGAAAUUAGAUUCGGCCGAAUUCGAAGUGGAAUAUUUUAUUUGAUCGGACACUAUCAAAUAAAAAAAUACAGUUUUUUUUUUUUUAAACAAGUAUCCUCGCAAGACUAGAUAUCUGACGGUAUAGUGCGCGCCAGAUAAGUCUGCGCGUGACAAUAUCAGGAACUAUCAAUAAUACACAGGCCACAUCGUUGUUUGCAGCGACAGUAGCGCCACCGCUGCGGGACUACUUUCGUAGCGCGCACUCUGGCCGUACCACGAAAAACGGCCCGUGGCAAAAUAAGGAACUAUAAAUAACAGAUAGGUCACAUUGUUGUUUACAGCGACAGUAGCGCCACGUUUGCGGGACUUUCGUGAUACGUACAAUAUUUACGCUAAGGCAUUUCAUGGAGCAAGAAAAUACAGAAAUCGGAUUUUUUAAAAUCUGUUUUCUUUAAUUACCUACCCACAUCUUUUCGCCAUUUCAAACCAAAUAGAAUAAAUAUAUACGGACAAAUCACACAGAUUGAGCCAGCCCCAAAGUAAGUUCGAGACUUGUGUUACGGGAUACUAAGUCGAUACGAUACAAUAUUCUAUAACAUAUACACAUAUAGAUAAACUCAGGUCACUUAAAGGACAAUAAUCAAAGGACCGGGGGUCGAACCCGGGACCUCCAGCGUAGCAGUCCGGCGUGAUGGAUAGGUAUACCUACUAAAAAAUAACAAAAUAAUAAUUCAUUCAUUAAAUUCAUGUGCCUGUUUUAUUUAUUUUAUUUAUUUAUUUUAUUUAAAAGGCACACAAACAGAUUACAGACAAUGAAGUACAGAAUAUUGACUUAACAAUAAUUAUCAAACUAAUCUAUAAUCCAAUAAAGUGUACACAGAAGAACAAAAUAAAUUUCGUGUAAGCAAGCCUAAAUCUAUGCAGUAGAAUAAAUUGAUAUUAUAUAAGUAAAGACGCAUAAACAAUACAUACGCAUAAAAGAUACAUAUAUAUCUAUAAAUAUAUAAUACAAAAAACAGAAAGAUCAUCACAAUCACAUAUUCAAUGCUAUGUUUAAAGAUUUUUUAAACUGAGAUAGACUAGGGUUAAAAAUGCCUGUGUAUUAAUGAUUCAAUAAAACUGAGAAAUUAAAACGACACUUAAUUAUUGUGUUUAUAAUAAUAAUUACAACAUAAAUACCAACGACACACGGACUGACCCCCUUAAUCUACCCUAAAAAUGAUAGCCACUUGGUCAUGGCCCGUGUCUAUCAUUAGAAUGCCAGCCUCGGCUGAGAGCUUAAAGUGAUAAAAACAUAAUAAUAAUUAUCAAAAAUAUAUAAUAAAAACUUUGCUUUCAGACCCUUGUAGAAAAUGCAAUAGCUCACCAGAAACUAUCCAACAUAUAACAGACGCAUGUAAAGCAAUAGCCCAGACUGAUUAUAAACACAGAACAUGAACAAGUUGCCAAUAUCAUCCACCAAAAUCUUGCUCUACAAUACAAUUUCAUACAAUCCAUACAGCAUUAUUAUAAAUACAUUCCUGAAACUGUUCUGGAAAACCAGACAACAAAAUUAUAUUUUGAUAGAGCCAUAUUAACAGACCGCACUAUCCACUUCAAUAGACUGGAUAUAACGUUAGUAAAUAGGAUUGCUAAAUCCGCUUAUUUAAUAGAUAUCGCUAUCCCGAAUACUCAUAACCUCCAGAACACAAUAUCAGAAAAACUAACCAAAUACAGAGAAUUUAAGGAUGAAAUAAGUAGAAUCUGGCGCCUUGAAAAGGUUACAAUAGCCCCUAUAGUUCUUUCUACGACUGGAGUCACACCGAAACGGCUACACCAAUCUUUAAAAACCUUAAAUCUAAUCACCUACAACUUAUAACCAACUUCAGAUGGCAGCUAUAUUAAAUACGUGCCGAAUAGUGAGAAACUACUUACAGACAGACGGACAAACUUCCUCACUUACAUCCACCAGCCGCAUAGAUACCAACGCAACAGUACAACCUCAAAAUUACAUGUCUAGUAUCACAACUCCCAAUGUUGAUAAUCCUGCCGUAAAUACAAUUAACGACCUUCCUGUUAUACACUUGACUUAGGCACUUGGUUUAAACAGACCGAGCAUAAAAAUUUAAACAUAAUAAUAAAAUAUUUAUUUCGGACAUAAUCCAUAUAUUGUUAGUGAUUUACAAAGUAACUUAAAAACUAGUGUUAGUAACAGAAAACAAGUAUCCAAAAUAUCACACAGUGAAACAAAACAGUACGUCCUACCAGCUAGGAUCUCACCCUUUGGUCACCGGUAUUUGUACAUCCACCGUGGUGUGAAGAUGAAUCCACUGAUACAGUAAUGGGGAGUCCCAUCGGUCGAUUAAGACACGGAUAAUAUUAUUUGAGCUGGCACGCGAGCGCCUUAAAAGAGUCGCACAUCGCUUUUUUAAUAAUUGCAUAAAAACAGUGAGUAUUUGCGUCGGCAAACAUUUUAGACGCACUGCAAAAACGCGGCAGCCCAAGCUUUACAGACCUAAAGCUUGGGCUACAUACAUUUAUUAGAGUUUGGAAAUUUUACUAGCGUUGUUGCCUCUCAAUCACUGGACGAGGCGAGGAUGUUAUAUCGUGACGGUCGGUGUGAAGCGCCAAUCUACAUUAUAAAGUAAUACUGGUUUUUUUUUGUUAUCACCUAUGAGGGUGACACAGUCAUUUCUGACAAAACACUAUAAAAAAAUAAGGGAAAAACAAAUUGUGUUCGGUUAUUUAAAUAGUACCUUUUUUUCUCACGACUAGCGCUUACUGUAUAUAACAUGAUAUGUAUAUAAGAAUGUAUAUAACAUUUUAAUAAAAACUCGUAGAACACACAUUAUAAUGUGUCAGCUUCUUAGUCCUGCGAGUUAAUUUUAAAAGUUAUCUUUUGUAAGCAUAUCGGCAAAUUAAUUUAUUUUCUGACUAAUUAAUUUUAUUUAUAUAUUAUUGUGUACAAGUUAUAUUUUUGUUAAUUAAAAUAAAUGAUAUGAACAUA